GGUCGAUCGACCGUCUUGACUUUAGCUUUGCCUGUCGAACCUUUUGAAGGCUGCGGCCUGGGGCUUUGAAUUAUUCUGAGCACGAAAGCAGGGGCAGCUCCGUGUAGUCGAUUUUGGUCUUGCAUGUUGCUGUUAGAAAUGUAGAAGAAUUACGUCCCGUGGAUUGCUGAGACCGUAGAGCAAAAUGGGGAACGAGCAGAGCGCUGGAGCUGCGAGGGGCAGCCUCCCUCAAGGCAUGCAAGCAAUGGGCUCGCAGCUGCAAAGGAAAUUUGCGAAAGGCGUCCAAUACAACAUGAAAGUCAUCAUCAAGGGAGAUCGCAACACUGGUAAAACAUGCUUGCUCAAGCGGUUACAAGGAGAGAAAUUCUUUGAAUCGUAUGUGCCGUCACAGGAAAUCACGGCUGCCAGCAUCCACUGGAACUACAGAGCAUCAGAUGAUGUUGUGAAGGUUGAAGUGUGGGAUGUCGUGGACAAAGGUGCUGCAGCACAGCGCGCCCGAAGCGCCUCACUGAAGCUGCAGAAUGAAGAGGUUGCAGCAGAACCGGCGGACUCUGCUUCUCCGAAUUUGGAUGCUGGCUUUGUGGAUGUCUACAAAAACACAAAUGGAGUGAUCAUGAUGAUGGACAUUUGCAAGGCUUGGACAUGGAAAUAUAUUCAGCGUGAAAUUGAGCAAGUUCCGGCGCACGUACCAAUCAUUAUACUUGGAAACUUCCGUGAUAUGGGCGAGCACCGCGUUGUGGACCGAGAAGAAGUGGAAUAUUUUCUCGGGUCACUGGACAGACCUGAAGAAGCUGGUGAAAUCCGCUAUGCUGAAGUAUCAAUGAAAAAUGCCUUUGGUCUCAAGUACCUUCAUAAGUUCUUCAACUUGCCAUUCCUCAGAUUGCAGAGAGCAACAUUACUGGCACAGCUGAAAACAAAUGAAGACGAUCUGAACAGCACGCUUGAGGAGCUCAACUUCCAUCUGGAGUCAGAAGAACAGAACUAUGACAGCUUUGUGCAAGGCCUUGAGAAACGCCGCAAGGAGUUCGCUGACCACUUGGCUCAGCAGAAGGCUGCAGAGGCAGCCGCUGCUGCUGGCCCUGACGAGGCAUCUGCAGCAGGGACAAGAGCAAAUGCAGGUGCCACACAAGCCACAGCCACUGCUCAGAGGCCAUCCCCAGCCACUGCUCAGAGGCCAUCCCCAGCCACAGCAGCAGCACGAUCAGCACAAGCCACACCUGCUGCAGCUUCGCGGACUACACCUCCGACCGUUGCCCGUGCUGGCGCUGCUUCUGCACCACCACCGAGCACCGCCGCCAGCACUGCAAGUGCAGCAACACCAACACCAGCCAGCACAACUGCCACUCCCCCCUCGACUGGUUCAUCCUUUAGUCAACGCUUUGCAUCAAGGCUGGGAUGGAAGAAAGACACAACGCCUGCUAAGCCAGCUGAUGGUGCUGCAGCUCAGAUUGCUGCUGCUCGGGAAGCCAGAUUACGCAAUCCCAAAGCAGACGUUGCAGAGAAUGUGGAAGACUUUGUCCCAGAGGGUGGCCUGAGUGAUGAUUUCCUUGGUGAUGAUGCAACACAUACAUCGGCAGUGGCAUCGACAAGAGCAGUAGUAGCACCAGCAGGUAUUCCAGAAGAUGAUGAUGACGAUGACAGUGAUGAUGGCCGUCCUGCAGUGGCAGGUUUCGAUGACGUUGACUCGGAUGAUGUAGCUGACAGUGCUUACACAUCACAUGUGACUGCUGCUGUGGAAGAUGUGUCCGAUGACGAUGAUGAUGUUCCUGCACCUGUCAUCGCUGCAGAUGAUGAUGAUGUUGAUAGCGUGCCUGAAGUCAACUCAGCUGUUAUGGUUGCGGAUGAAGACUUUGACAGUGAGCCUUCUCCUCCACCGGUGAGAAAGGUAACAAAGGCAAAACCCAAGUCCUCAAAGCCGGUAGUCAUUGAAGAUGUGGUUGCCGAAGAUUUUACCGAGCCAUCACCUCCAAGAACUAAAAAGACAAGCAAAGCUGCUACUGCCCCGAAAGCCAAGUCUUCAUCUCCACGAGCAUCUCCACAGGUGGAAGCGAAAAAGCCUGCCAAGAAGGCGGCAGCAGCAGUAGCACGUGGUCCGUCCUCCAGCGAACCUUCCGACAGCGAAGAUGGUGGAGGACCAAUGGUGGCUCCUCUUGAAGGAGACAGUGACGAUGAAGUUCAAGUCGAGAAAGUCAUCCCUGUUGCGGAAGAUGAUCUGGGUCCAGAUCUACAACCGGAUUCUGGUGGUACUGGAUUCAUGGACCAUUGGCUGGAUGGUGGAGCUCUACCAGCAACUAAGUUUGAAGAGCCAGCACAGCCUGUUUCAGCAGUCAGCCUUCUCUCCAGUGAGCCCUUAGUUCCCGAUGCCCAAGCGGAAAAGCCCAAAAAGAAGAAGAAAAAGAAGCCUGUUGACGGGGUUGAUGGUGCAGCUUCUGCCGAGACGACGGAGAAGAAAAAGAAAAAGAAAAAAGCCCAAGCCAGUGAAGGCGGAGAGGAAGUAAAGAAGAAGCCCAAGAAGAAGAAGUCCAAGGCAGAAACCCAGGACGACUAUGGCUUGCUGUGAUGUAAGCGGCGGUGUGUUUGUGUUCAUAUGUUUAUACUCGUGCCUGAUCUCCCUCGUUGUCUUGUCUCACACAGUGUGGCUUGCUCGCAAAACCAGAACGGCUGGUCUCCAUUCUGGCUUGUGGUGCAUGUAGUAUUAAAUAAAGUAGUAGCUCUCGUACUGUUCGUUUCUGUCCCAUAAUUUUCGGUGUGAUCAAGGGAAACUCAUGUGUAUCCCAUAUGUUAUUUUCUUGGGGAAUUGAGCGGCAGAAUACUCAUCAUAGGUUUCAAAUUUCAUAAUAGCAUAUAUUAUCUAGACCAAUAUCUUUUACUUCGAAGUACGUUCAUGUACAUGUACAUACCAUCCAAUUUUCCCAGGCGUUUUUGUACUAGUUUGUGACGAUGAAAAUUUCGCAAAUCUGUUACCAUUUUGAUGAUUCAGUUAUUCUAUUUUUUUCCUCAUAAUGAACUGAAGUCCUACCCAGGGAAUCAACUCUCUGGUAUUAUCAUAGAGAGACGCUGCAUAGUUAACAUUAUCAUUUGAGGCAGUUUUUGACUGUUUGGCUGUCAGGCUGUAUAGCCAUAUUCCAUGUAAUCAUACCUGUAUCACAUCAAUUUUGUAAUGGGCGACUACCACUGUUCGAUCUUCUGGUCUGUUUUUUGCUUCCAUUAGUAAGCGUGUCAACUUUGCAUCUGGACAUUGACCGCCUUUUGA